GCUCAUAUAAGGGCGUACCCCCCGGGGGCUUUAUUUUGCCUGCAGUCUGGCCCCAAAAUUACUUCAACGCCAUCAAAGUCAUGAUCGGACAGAUAAACUGACGUUUUAUCGGCGUAGUCCAAUUUGUAUUCCUAUAAUCUAAGAAAAUUCACAUGAAUAUUUUCAACCUAAGAUCGGCAGAAACAUAACAAGGGUCAAGGGUAACCCAACCCGGUAAGAACUGUUAAGGGUAACCGAACCUAGUAAAAAUUGUUAUGGUGUGCCAACGGGAAUGUGAACCACUUAGCUAAACGUGGUACUGAACAAGACAUUCAUAAAGGUAAAUUAACUGUCGAAAUUAAUACGGACAACUGACGUUUCUGAAACUAAAAUUCGUCCAACCAAAUUAAUAAAAGGAAGCGUUUGCCAGUGUGAACCAGAGAGUUACCGGCGUGAAAGAAAAACAAAAAUGUUCUGUCAAAGCAAUGUUAACGCAAAAAAAUUUGAUAUUUCAAUCUUUAGUAGGGAGAGACGGAGAGGAAGAGGAGGAAAUUUCAAGCAACCUGGACAAAGCCAAUAAAGCCGUCACUAAAUCCUUGUUUGAGGGUGACAUCGUUUUAUCUGCCUUUGACCGGAGGUUCGUGGACACCCGAGAGGAAGGAGAUGUCGACGGUGAUCUGGGGCAGAGCCGGCAAAAACGGAAUGCUAACCGUAACAGGAUGGUUCUCUGGCAGAACAAAAUUGUCCCUUACGAGUUUGAUCCGGGACUUCCAAUCGAGUACCAGGCAACCAUUCUUGAAGCCAUAGCAGAGUACCACAAACACACUUGUCUGACGUUUGUCGUGCGAACUAACGAACCAAACUGGCUCCUGUUUGUGCACAAAGAAGGAUGCUGGUCUAGUGUUGGGAAAAAAUACUGGAGAGUCGACUACGGUCAGGAUGUUUCUUUGGGCAACGGUUGUAACCAUAAAGGGACAAUCAUGCAUGAAAUAAUGCACGCAAUUGGAUUCUGGCACGAGCAGUCGCGGCCUGACAGAAAUCAGUACGUAGAAGUACUCUGGGAGAAUAUCUUAUCCGGCGAGGCACACAACUUCAACAAGUACGACAGAGGCAAAGUAGACACACUCAAGAUUCCAUACGAUUAUGACAGCAUCAUGCAUUAUGGAACGGAUGGCUUCUCCAAGAACGGAAAACCUACUCUGAGGUCGAUCAAAGACCCUGCAAGGGUACUUGGUCAGAGAAAUGGCUUCACUCAGAUUGAUAUCCAAGAAAUCAAUUCCUUGUAUGAAUGCAGCAGUAAGUCAUGUGAUUUAACGUACUAUCAGAAACCAAUUGUUGUAAGGGGAAGGGGAAGGUUACUGCUCAUUUGAAUACCUGGUUUGCUUAGAAACAGCAAAGCAAACUUUCCGAAAAAGGCAACACAGCUGUUCGCCGAAUUCGCUUUUGAGGGAUGGCGAAUGGUCCUUCAAAAACUCGGGGUCUCGAUAAAUUUUAGGCAUAUUUCACGGGUCUCGCAAUCUCGUUUUUUAACAGUUAUGUGCGUCUCACAGUCUCGAUUUUUAGACGAAGCAGUCUCGGAGUCUCGAUUUUUCGCAAGGCUAAGGGUCUCCAA